GGGUUCUCUUUUUCGCAACUUUCCCUUUCUCUCCUUCCACCACGUUUUCCUUUGCCUUCUAAUGGGGAAGGACUCUGUUUUCCUGUAAUUGCAGAUUUCCAUGGCAUCUCCUGAUCUGAAUCUCUAUAUUCGUUUCGGUUCAUCUCGCUUCUUUUUCCGUAUAACAAGCUUUGAUCCUCAGCUUCCAAGGAUGCUCUUCGAGUGGUUGAGCCCUGUUAUUCUACCUCAGAAGAUACAUUUAGCAGGCAUGUAUUGGAAUUAAAUAUUAUUAAUUGGACAGGGUUAAACCUAAUUUUCAUACAGAGUAGACAGAAAGCUCAAGGAUCAAUUAGAAGUACUGAAGAGUUGGACCAGUGCACUUAUCUUGGCACAUGGAAGAUUACAAUUUUGUUGUUGGUCAAGAAUUCUCUGAUGUCAAGACUUUUCGGAGGACAAUCAAAGAGGCUGCUAUUGCCCAACAUUUUGAGCUUCGAAUAAUAAAGAGUGAUUUGAUUCGUUACUUUGCAAAGUGUGCCACUGAAGGUUGUCCAUGGCGCAUCCGUGCGGUGAAGCUUCCAAAUGUCCCAACUUUUACAAUAAGGAGCCUUGAAAGUACACAUACUUGUGGCAAAAAUGCACAGCAUGGCCAUCACCAGGCAUCUGUAGAUUGGAUUGUAAAUUUCAUAGAGGAACGACUACGGGACAACAUGAACUACAAGCCAAAGGAUAUAUUGCAAGACAUCCAUAAACAGUAUGGGAUCACGAUUCCUUACAAGCAAGCUUGGAGGGCCAAGGAACGGGGGCUGGCAGCAAUUUAUGGGUCUUCUGAAGAAGGAUAUUGCCUCCUUCCUGCAUAUUGUGAACAAAUAAAGAAGACCAAUCCUGGAAGUAUUGCACAGGUUUUCACUACAGGAGCUGAUAACAGGUUUCACCGUCUCUUUGUUUCCUUCUAUGCAUCCAUAUAUGGGUUUGUGAAUGGUUGCUUGCCCCUUAUUGGGCUUGGUGGAAUCCAGCUGAAGAGCAAGUACCUAGGUACCUUGCUUUCAGCCACAUCAUUCGAUGCUGAUGGUGCGUUAUUUCCACUUGCUUUUGGUGUUGUUGAUGUAGAAAAUGAUGAGAGCUGGAUGUGGUUUUUGUCAGAAUUACAUAAGCUGCUAGAGAUGAACGCUGAGACAGUACCUCAACUCACCUUUUUAUCAGAUGGACAAAAAGGCAUUGUAGAUGCAGUGAAAAGGAAAUUCCCAAGUGCAACUCAUGGGUUUUGCAUGCGCCAUUUAAGUGAAAGCAUUGGAAAAGAAUUCAAGAAUUCAAGGCUUGUCAAUCUUCUUUGGAAAGCUGCCUAUUCCAUUACCACCAUUAGCUUCAAAGAGAAAAUGGCUGAAAUUGAAGAGGUUUCUGCAGAAGCUGCCAAGUGGAUUCAACAGAUUCCACCUUCCCGUUGGGCACUGGCAUACUUUGAAGGAACACGAUAUGGCCAUCUCUCUUCAAACAUUGAGGAGUUCAACAGAUGGAUUUUGGAAGCACGAGAGCUACCCAUAAUCCAGGUGAUUGAGCGGAUUCAUAGUAAAUUGAUGGCUGUGUUUGAUGAACGGCGUGCAAAGGGAUUGUCAUGGAUGUCGGUACUUGCUCCAUCUGCCGAAAAACGAAUAAUGGAAUCAAUUAAUAAUGCAUCUGGAUACCAAGUGCUUCGAUCAGAUGAAGUAGAAUUUGAGGUUCUAUCUGCUGAGCGAUCAGACAUUGUGAAUAUUGGGACUCGAUGUUGUUCUUGUCGUGAUUGGCAAUUAUAUGGUUUGCCAUGCUCCCAUGCCGUUGCAGCACUCAUCUCAUGUAGAAAAGAUGUCUAUGAAUUUUCAGACAAGUGCUUCACAGUUGAUAAUUACCGUGAAACCUAUUCACAAAUGAUACAUCCCAUUCCUGAUAAAGGUGAAUGGAGUAAGGCUAGCGAGGGUUCUACAGAUGAGGACAUCAGAGUUGUGCGACCACCCAAAUUUCGACGCCCUCCAGGUCGCCCCGAAAAGAAGCGACUUUGUGUAGAAGACCUUAAUCGGGAGAAACAUACUGUGCACUGUAGUCGAUGUAACCAAACUGGACAUUAUAAGACGACAUGCAAAGCAGAGAUUAUCAAGAGUAUAGAACAAUUCUAGAGGUUGCUGUUGAUUUUGAACCGACUGACAUGUAGCCCUCGUUAAAUUGAAAUACUGGUAGUCCUAAUUCCUAAACUAGUUAGUAAGUAGUAUAUGCUAGUCUCAGACAAUGGUAUUGUAGGGUUGAGGCCCUGAUUACCAUUUAGGUAGCCUAAAAUGAAGAAUCAUUUAAUCUCUGUAAAAUGAAAAAUCUCCACUGUACUCCUGUGCUGGAUUUUAGAUUGAAACCAGAAAUUUUAGAGAUAAAUCCAAUGUUUUAAAAACCA